GAGUUAUAACUAUUUCAUUUGUCCCCGUCAUUCAUUUCCUAACUCGGUCGGUAUCGGUUUUUCAAGAGAGCGUCUUCAUAUCUCUGGAAAGUAGGGUGGAGGGAGGUUUUUUUACCUGUCCUCAAAUACCCUGCUGGGUUUGGCUUUCCUUUCGCUUGCUCCCCAAGGCUCCUUUUGGAUAACAAGUUACUGAUCUGGCUGCAAGUGUAUCUCUCAGUGCUGGAAGUAACGCAGUUCAACCGGUGCUGGAGGAUCUUCGCUGCUUUUUCUCCUACAGUAGGUGACUCUGCAAGAAGUAGCUGAAAGAGAAGAGAUUGAACAUCAUGGCCAAUAAUGGCCUGCACUCUCCAAUCCCUUUGGGUGCUGAAGAGGAAUAUAAUAGAGUACACAAUGCAACUGGGCUCCCAGACUAUACUGAUUAUUUUGACGAAAUACCAUCAUAUGACGUAACGAUUAUUAUUAUCCUUGUCUGCAUUUUCCUCAUUAGUGUCCUUGGACUUUUAGGGAAUGGAACUGUCAUCUGGAUUCUCGGAUUUUGCAUGAAAAGGACUGCUUUCGCAACCUAUAUCCUGAAUUUGGCUGUUGCUGACCUUGGGGUCCUCCUAGGCUCAGUUCCUUGGAGGAUAAUUGUCUUCCUCGAUAAUUCUCAUUCGCAUCUUGCCAAUUUCGAUGUUUACUAUUUAGUGAUCAUAAGUGCCCAUUGCUUUUUCUCCACAAACCUCAUCGGUCAAUUUCUGCUGACAGCCAUCAGCAUCGACAGCUGUGUUUCUGUCGUCUUCCCCAUUUGGCAUCGAUGUCGCCGGCCACCCAACCUGUCCAUCAUUGUGUGUGCCAUCAUAUGGAGCCUUGCUUUCCUGCUCACUCUCGUGAACAUCCUUAAUGACAUUGUAGACUUUGGAGUAGAUUUGGUUUGGUACCAGUUGCUGGUGAGUGCUGUGUUUUGCCUCCCGCUCAUGACUGUCUCCACUCUGAUCCUCUUCAUCAAACUUUGCUUGAGAUCACAGCAGAGGCAGCAAGGAAAUGUUUUAAUAGCCAUCCUGAUGGUGCUCCUCUUUUCCCUCUUGUUUGCUUUUCCAUUUACUUUCCUUUAUUUAAUAUUUUCUUUCCCCCAUCUUACAUUUCGUAAUGCCCUACACGUUGGGGCCUUAUGCUGCUGCCUAAACAGCAGCAUUAAGCCACUGAUUUAUUUCCUGGUUGGGAGGAGAAAGAGCGGUCAAUCUAGGGAGAGCAUGAAAGUCAUACUCCAGAGGCUUUUCAAGAAGGAGGAAGGCUGCAGAGAGGAGGCCAAUAAUGUCCCAAUCCAGACCCAGGUGUGAUACAUUCAAAAUAAUCAGAGAGCUCCACAAUUACACCUCUUGCUAUGGUUCCAGUUACAGAUAGGUAGCCGUAGUAGCUGUUUUACUACAAAGGAAUUUCAGAAAUAGA